AUGCACAGCCGUGGCUACUUGACCAGGCGCAAGAGGGUAUCAAAAUUAACAGCCUGCCGAGUACGACUUUUGUACAUUGACGCUGAUAUUUUCUCAGAUUCGCUGCACGCAAAUCGCCUGAUCAACAUUGAAGAGCGACCAUUCCAACGCAUUUCCAAAGCACUUCUCGGGAAAGGCUCCACAGUCCGCCAUGCCGUGACACACUAUCCAUCACCACCCCCGGAAGACGAUGGCGUGGCGACAGAGGAUAUCCCCACCGCUGGGCAGCUAGAGUCGUUCCGAGAGCACAUUCUGCUAGAUUUUGCCGCUCUCGAAAGUAGCAUUAUCCGGAUUCAACUCGUUCACACAUCCAAUGAACGCGAGCGCCAGCGUUUCGCUGCGGAGAAAGCCAAAAUCAUGCACACGGCGCAGGCAGUCAGGGAAAACACCUUGGAGCUACGCACUCGACUUGCGGAGGCGCAGCGCAUUCUACAAUUACGAAAAGGAUACGAUGAGAUUGCAGGUAGAAUUCUGGAUGAUCAGAAACUCAAAAGCCGUGACGAGACACGCACGGAGAUUGAAAAGCUGGAAGGAGAGAUCGAAGAUUUGCAGCAAGAGAGUGCCGAAUUCGAAGGCACCUGGGCUUCUCGUAGAGAGCAGUUCGAUAAGUUGACUGCGGAAAGUCAAGCGAUGCUUCGUCUCAUCAAGGGCAUCAAGGACGAUCCAGAGGACGCCGAUAAGGAUGAGGACAUGGAAGACGAAGAAGGCGAUGAAGGAGGCAAGGCGCACGCAAGUCGAGCAGAUUCUGAAGGACCUGAUAGGAGGACACCUAGAUCAGGCGAGCAAGGUGAUUCCACCCCUAUUCCUGAACAUGACGAGGCGGCAGAGUCAGCACCUAUCAACCGGUUUCUCGAAGUCGAUGACAGCACGCGAGCCGGUAGUCGGGCCACAUCCCCAUUGUCUAAAGUUGCCGACACUGAAGGCGAUGUCGACAUGACAGAUACCGUCAUGUCCACGCUCGAUGCAACUGCGCCUACGACUUCUGCGAAUCUGCCGAAUACCAGCCACAAUGGCGACGACAUGCUUGACGACUGA